AUGUUCAACCACAUCGUGAAGAUCGCCUCCGGGGUGGGCCGGGCCGUCACUGACAAGCCGAGCGGUUCGCUCCCCGCCACGCCGUACAAGAAUUCGAUAGGCGACAGGCGAUUUCGAUUGUGCAGGAUUCAGAAAGACCCCUCAGAGAGAGGCGGGUUCUCCCUCGCUGUCCGCGAGUUCGACUUGGACUCGCCUCCAACGUAUUGCGCUGUGUCGUAUACGUGGGCAUCGGCCGACUUGGAUAAUCUGGGGACGGAUAGACCCGGCGCUGAAGAGCGCAUAAUUCCCAUUCUGGUCAAUCAGAUUCGCGUCAGAAUCACCCAAAACCUUUUCGAUUUCCUUCAGCAAUGCGUGCAGUCAAAGUGGUUUCACGCUAGUCAUAAACCAGAAAAGGGAGAGGUAGCCCACGAUACCAGUCUUUUCGUUGUCAAUUAUUUAUGGAUCGAUGCCGUCUCCAUCAACCAGGACAGCACGGAGGACAGGAUCCGGCAUAGGUCAAUCAUGGGAGAAAUCUAUUUGAAAUCUGCUCCAGUACCGAUAUGGCUAGGGAAAGAAGUCCCCAAUCCUUACGUCAGAUGGGUGCUGGAAGAGUUUAUACCAGCCUUCAACAAGGCAUUCCCACAGCCUGGCAGUCUCAAAGGCAAGGACCCAAUGUGCACUGAUCCAGUAUUCACUGAACUUCUGGGGCAGGCUGCCUGUCGUCGGUGGCGCGAUGCCUGGAUUCCUUUCAUGGAAUUUCUUGGGAAGAAGCGUUGGUUUCGACGAGGAUGGGCAGUCCAGGAGGUCAUUAUCCAAUCCCUCACGAAGAACGGCGAAUCUUUUCUUCUCUUUGGAUACUACUCCGCUUCUUGGCUACACUUGAGGAUCUUCCUGUCACUUCUCCACUUAGAUGACUGGAAUCCAGCCCUGGUCUCUGAGCUGCAUCUACACGGCUUUACUAGUAUAGCAAACCGCACACGUGAUCUUUUUGGGUCCGUGGCCAACAUCACCGCCGUGCGAAACAGCGUCCUCAGGUUCAGAAAGGCGGAGAGAGCAAGGAAGUCGUUUGAAAGACGGCCGAGUGUCAGCACCAAAGAUUCAGUUGAAUUAGAUCCUUACGACCAGACCGAGCAGCAAAGGGCCUAUACAGCUGCAUUCCGCGUUCUUCAGAUCAUGAUGAGUUUUAAAUUUUCCGACCACCGAGAUAAUGUUUACGUUUCAUUCGACAUUCUUAAUUUCCUGGCGGGCGACGGGCUACAACUUCAGCUCGAGACAGACUACAACAGCUCAGUAUCACAUGUCUUCUCUGGAGGUCCUCACCAGGGCCACUAA